AUGUCGAGUCUUAAGUCUUCAAUUACAGUAGGAAUAUUUUAGUCUUUAAGUUUUUGUGGUCUAAGAUAAAAAAUUUUAAAAAAUAUCGCCUUUUAACCACCUAAGGUGAGUUAUUCUCUGAAACCCAGAUUGGAGGAUUAGAUGACAAAGAGCACUUAAACAAAUUCUUCUUCCUUAUAAGUUAUUGAAUCAGAACACUAGAAACGAUAGAAAUCUAAAUCCUAUGAUGAUGAAAACAUUCACCAAUCGGGUUUAUUGGAUCUGGCAGAGGAAAUCAUGCAGUUUACAAGUGAAACUUCAAGUCCAAUCAGAUAAAAAGUUUCUGAACCAGCAUAUGACUUUUAUUUGAUUGAUGGAUAGGGUUAGGAAAUUCCAAUUCCAAAAUAAGAAAAUUUGGAAUUGACUGGAUAUUUCUUAAAAGGAAGAAAGGCACAUCGAAUAGCAUCCCUAUACUUGAAGUACUAAUUUCCCGCAAGUGAUUACGUGAUGUUGUUCAGUCAUCGGAAUGCCAGCGAUUUGGGUUACAUGAUUGAUACAUUAAUUGAUCUUUGUAGCAAUUUAAGAAUAAAUAUAUUUGCCUAUGAAUAUUCAGGCUAUGGACUUUCAUAAGGGAAGUGUACGGAUCUCAACAUCAUCAAUAACAUCUAAGUAGCAUACGAAUUCUUGGUUUCGUAACUGAACUUUGAUCCGACCAAAAUAAUUGUUUAUGGAUACAGUAUUGGAUCAGGACCCAGUGUUAUGUUGGUAUCUGACAUCGAAUUCCCAGUGGGGGGUCUGGUAGUUCAUUCAGGGUUGAGUUCAGGAUUGAGAGUGCUCAAUAGCAAAAUAAAAUAGACUCCCUUUUAUGAUAUCUUCCCGAAUGUGGACAGAAUUAAGGAUGUGACAUGUCCUGUAUUUAUAAUGCAUGGGAAGGAGGAUGAGAUUAUUGAUUUGCAUCAUGCUACUUUGUUGUCUAACAAUUGUCAAAGGUUGUAUGAAUAUUGGGAGGUUGAAAACAUUGGACAUUAGGGAAUCGACACAAAUGAUGAGCAUCGCAAAAACUAUUUCUAUAAGUUAAGAGAUUUCAUUAAAUUAAUACAACAGGAGAAUUAAACAAUCAAAGAAUUGAAAUAGAGAAAUACUGCUAGUCCCAAAUAAUUUGGUUAACAUAAUCAUUAUUAUGAUAAUAAAAUACGAGAGUUUCAUUUGAGUUGCAGGAAGGUGGAAGAUUCAGAAUAGUUUCCUAAAAAAUUUCGUUGA